AUGCUUGAAAAUGUUCGGGUGUUGCUGGGCCUGGCCCGCGUUGUCCUUGGCAUCUGGUCACCAUUUAAUAAGAGCCUCAAGGUCAUGUCGAAUCCUAAUCGCUCGCAAUAUGGCGCGAUCACACCUUUGGAAAUCUUCCGCAGGUUGGUGGAGCCGAAUCACGUUGAGGAAGCAGUCUCGAAACAGUCGCCGUUGAGAACGCUGGGCAAAGUCAAAAUGUCGAGGCAUUUAAUUAUCGACUACGGUUCCGUUGGGAGUUUCCAGGACUCCCUUGAGGUCCAUGAUUUCCGCGACAAGUGCCUCUCUACACACAAAAGCAUAGAAAUGGAAUUCUGUACUCCGAGAACCACGAUCACUCAAAUACACGAUCCGGAAGCAUGCAUCGACUCGGGCUCCAACGAUGGGACAACCAGCCAGGAAGGCCAUCCGCGACAGUGGGGAUCGGCACGAAAGAUAUACGACACUUCUCUGAUCAUCUUCUUGGAAUUCUUCACCACCAUGAUUAGCACCGCAGGAACGCCUGUUGCCGAACACGAACACCGCAAUCUUGGGCUUAGUGCUGUUGCGGCUACCAGCAUCUUCGUGUCAACAUACCUCAUCGCUCAAGCCAUUGGAGGAGUCUUCUUGCCCCCUUGGUCAGAGUCUUUCGGUCGCAAGAAGCUCUAUGUGGCCAGCACGGCUCUGUACAGCGUCUCCUGCGUCAUAGUAGGAGCCAUGCCUACUAUUCCAGGAGUCGUUAUUGGCCGCCUUGCCGGUGGCUUUCUGUCUGCUGCGCCAACGGUCAUUUCUACGGGAAGCAUUGAAGAUAUGUGGGACACCAAAGCCAGAGUAUGGUGGAUUUUCAUGUGGGCGCUGAUGGCCAACAUGGCUAUUCUGGCGGGGCCUGUAUUCGGUGCGGCGAUAAUGUCGCAGCUUAGUUGGCCAUGGAUCUUCUACACGGCAGCGAUUGUCACCGGAGUCUUGGCGAUUCUCUUGAUGACCAUCAAGGAAUCCAGGCCCUCGGUUGCCUUAGCCAAGAUCGAGUCUGAGGCGACGGGCAACCCCAACACCGCCCAGCGCGAACACCUCGAUAUCAUUCGGCCACUGCGUCUCUUUUUCACCGAGCCCAUCGUGUUCUUCGUAUCUGUUAUCAGCGCAAUGGCCUUCGGACUGAUCUACCUGUUCACGGAAGUCUUGCCAAUGGUUUACGUCGGGAUGGGCUUCGAGGGUGCUUGGAAGAACCUGCCGUUUCUUGCCCUUGGAAUUGGCAUGCUUCUGACUCUCUUGACACGCUUUUACGACAACCGCGUCUUUGCGAACAGGACCGCGGCACAUCUGCCCAUCACUCCAGAGUCGAAAUGCGCCGGAUUCGUCAUCGGGGCGCCAAUCCUGGCCAUCGGUCUCUGGUGCUUCGCCUGGACAAUCCCGCCACAAGUCUCGUCCGUACAUUGGGCUGUUCCGACUGCAGCCCUGAUACCGGUAGGGUACGCGGUCAACGAGUUCGACCACGUCCUCGCCGGUUAUCUGACGGACUGCUACCAGACGUACGCCGCUAGCGGUUUUGCUGCUUUGGCGCUGGUUCGGUCGCUGUGCUGCGCCACAUUUCCGCUGUUUGGAAGGAUCAUGUUCGAAGCACUCGACUUCAACAUCGCAUUAACCGUUUUUGCGGUUAUUGCGACUGUUCUCUGCGUCGUACCUCCGAUAUUGUUGCGAUAUGGAAGGGUACUCAGACAAAGAAGUGCACUGGCAGCCAAGUGA